AUGGCGGCAACGGCGGCGGGCCGUAGGGCCGUCUCCUACACUCUCAUCGGCCCACCGCCCCCGGCCCUCGGCGCGACGGCUGCUCGCGCAGCGGCGGCGGCGGCGGCAGCAGCGCCCACCACCGGCGACCCGCUCGUGGACCUCCUCGACACCAACUUCAACAAGCCGCCGCCCCCGGCCAAGGCGCGCACGGAGAACAACUCCCCGACCUUCGUCUCGUCCGGCGACCCCUGCCUCGACUUCUUCUUCCACGUCGUCCCGGACACCCCGCCGUCCUCGGUCAGCUCGCUCCUCGCCGACGCCUGGGCCGCCGAGCCGACCACGGCGCUCCGCCUCGCCUGCAACCUACGCGCCGUGCGCGGCACCGGCAAGUCCGACCGCGAAGGGUUCUACGCCGCGGCACUCUGGAUGCACGAGACCCACCCCACGACUCUCGCCCUCAACGCCGGCCCCGUCGCCGAUUUCGGGUACCUCAAGGACCUCCCCGAGAUCCUCCACCGCAUCAUCCAUGGCGGCGUCUCCACCAGGACUCCAGGCAAGCAGGCCCGCCUCGCCGCCGAAGAAGACGGAGGAUUCGUCCACCACGUUUACUCCGCCUCCUACGGGAAUAAGGGCGGCCCCUUGGCGAGGGAUCCAAGCACGAGGGAGGCGCGCGUCGCUGCCAGCAACGAGAGAGACCAGAACUUCUCCGCCCAGGCCUCCAUCGAACGCAAGAGGAAGCACGCGGAGCUCGCGGCGAGAGUCCUCGAGAGGUACGCCCGUGACCCAAACUACCGGCUCCUUCACGACUGCACGGCGGAUAGGUUCGCGGAAUUCCUGGCCGCGGACAUGAAGAAGCUCGCGAGCGGCGAGAUCAAGGACCUCUCUCUGGCGGCGAAAUGGUGCCCGUCGCUCGAGAGCUGCUACGACCACUCCACGCUCCUCUGCGAGGCCAUCGCGCGCCGCCUCUUCCCCAAGGGAUCGGCGCCCGACCUCCCGGAAGACUUGCCGGAAGCGCACUACGCGUACCGCGUCUGGGACCGGCUCCGCAAGGAGGCGCUCGUGCCGCUGCGCCACGCGCUCGAGCUCCCCGAGGUCUUCAUGUCGGCGGGCGCGUGGGGGGAACUAGUGUACCGGCGCGUGGCUUCCGUGGCCAUGAAGAACUACAAGGACAUCUUCCUCGAGCGCGACGCCGAGCGCUUCAACCUCUACCUCGCCGACGUCGAGUCCGGCAAGGAGAAGAUCGCCGCGGGCGCCCUGCUGCCGCACGAGAUCCUGGAGCGUGCGGGGGACGACGAUAACGUGGCCAACCUGCAGUGGCAGCGCAUGGUGGAUGAUCUGCUGGCGCUCGGCAAGCUCAACAACUGCCUCGCCGUCUGCGACGUGUCGGGGAGCAUGAAUGGCCGCCCCAUGGACGUCUGCGUCGCGCUCGGCCUCCUCCUCUCCGAGCUCUGCGACGAGCCGUGGCGCCACCGGGUCAUCACCUUCAGCGAGUGGCCGCAGCUGCACCAUAUCAGCGGCGAGACCCUCUCCGAGAAGGCCCGGUGCAUCCAGUGCAUGCAGUGGAACAUGAACACGGACUUCCAGGCGGUGUUCGACCAGCUCCUCCGCGUGGCUGUCGCCGGGAACCUGCCCCCGGAGCGCAUGGUGAAGAAGGUGUUUGUGUUCAGCGACAUGGAGUUUGACCAGGCGUCGUCGAGGCCAUGGGAGACGGACUACGAGGCCAUCACCAGGAAGUUUUCCGAGGCCGGUUACGGCAACGCCGUGCCACAGAUUGUCUUCUGGAACCUGCGUGAUUCGGACUCCGUGCCGGUGACGGCGCAGCAGAAAGGGGUGGCGCUGGUGAGUGGCUUCUCGAAGAACAUGAUCAAGCUGUUCCUCGACGGCGAGCACGUUGUUACGCCGAGGGCCGUCAUGGAGAAGGCCAUUGCCGGACCGAAGUAUGAAAAGCUCGUCGUGUUCGACUGAUCGACUCAGGGGUACGCGUGAGUACCUUCAAUUUGGAAUUGGGAAAUCUCAUGUUUAUUGGAUGGCAGUACUAGUUUCAGUCUCUUUUGUUCUUUUUUCUGCCUUUUGAGGAACUUGCAGCGGUUCUGCUUAGCUACCUGCUGAAUCAGUGUCAAAUGGAACGAAUUUCUAGUUUCUAUCUUUGUGCUGAGUUGCUUAUGCUGUGCGAAAUAUCACCUGAUUCCUGAAUAUGUUCGAGGCAAAAUGCAAGUUGAGUCACUGUGUGUAUAGCUUAGUGUUAUGCAUUCCACUCUGGUUGCAAUUUCAUUGAUUGUUCAUUUAAUCUGACUUAUAUUUCCAUGCAAGAUGCAUCUUCGUCAAAUUUCCUUAUUCCUUUUUAUGUCACCUGGUUGAAUUUGGUAGAAUAAAGAUGUAGAUAAUGAUUUAUGAUUUGGUCACAAAAUUGCGUUGUGUUGUUCCAAGAAAAAGGGGCAAAAUGAUUCUGCAGGGAAUGUGCUGUGCAGCUGUGCUUUCUGUGUCUGGGCUGAAAAGAACUGCAAAGAGUGAGAUCGAGAUGAUCCUUUUGUAGCCGUAUUGCAAAAUCUUCUUCGUUCUUUGCCCAUUCAAUUGCUUUCGACGAAUACACGAAUCCUUGCGUGGACUCCAAAGAAUCAUC